AAUGGUCACCUAAGUGUGUUUUGUGAAUUGAUGGGAGUGACAUAUCAAGACAUGUCUCAUUGGCUGUGUCAUAAGAAGCUGAAGACGGCAACUGAGACGUACAUUAAGCCCAUUCCCAAACUACAGGCCAUAAACGCCCGUGAUGCUCUCGCUAAACACAUCUAUGCCAAACUCUUCAACUGGAUCGUGGACCAUGUGAAUAAAGCACUGCAUUCUACGGUCAAACAGCACUCGUUCAUUGGAGUCCUAGACAUUUACGGGUUUGAGACUUUUGAAAUCAACAGUUUUGAACAGUUCUGUAUUAAUUAUGCCAAUGAGAAACUACAGCAACAGUUCAACAUGCAUGUGUUUAAGUUGGAGCAGGAGGAGUAUAUGAAAGAGCAGAUCCCCUGGACUCUCAUUGAUUUCUAUGAUAAUCAGCCAUGUAUCAACCUCAUCGAGGCCAAGAUGGGCAUCCUGGACCUGCUGGAUGAAGAGUGCAAGAUGCCGAAGGGCUCUGAUGACUCCUGGGCUCAGAAACUGUAUAACACUCAUUUGAAGACUUGUGCACUUUUUGAAAAACCACGGAUGUCCAAUAAAGCUUUCAUUAUUCAGCACUUUGCAGAUAAGGUGGAGUAUCAGUGUGAUGGUUUUCUGGAGAAGAAUAAAGACACAGUGAAUGAGGAGCAGAUACAUGUUCUGAAGGCCAGUAAGGUGAGUGAAUAUCUGUCAGUCUGAUGUCGCCAUCGGUCAGUUUUCACAGAAAGAUAAUGCCCUUAACACCUUUAAUAAGUCAGGCUAAACUGGCACAAAACAUGACCAACCUUCAGUGUUAGCUGUAGCAAGGGUAUUUUCAUCCAAGAUUUUUGACCUUAAAUGAGGCUUAAAGUCUGAGAAGGUCAAUGGAAGGAUGCCAUCUGCUGGUCAAGGAGCAUUGGUGUGGUCCAUUGCCACAGUUCCAACAUGAUAUGUGCAAAACUCAUGGGAGCAUAUGUUCAUAUUUCUAGUUGUUUGGAUUCUUACAUAUCCUUGUCCUGUCUUAGUUCACUGCAAUCUUAAGUCACAGUAUCUAUAGAUCAGAGCUGUUUUAAGCUCUAGCACAGAGCAUUAGCAUGACUCAGCUAGCUCUGUGCUCUGUGUUAAUGAGGCAGGUUCAGACAGAACGCCACUGCAUACCCUACCUGUUAUGAAAUCAAUCAUCAUGCCAUCAGCUGUGCCUUCA